CUAAACCCACAACAGUAAAAUCAAUCUGUAUAUGCUUGUUGUACUCACUGUGGAACCUAAGGGGUUAAUUCUCCCCAUUGUAUAAAAAGGAUAUUUUAUUCUGUCUUUUCUGAUCCUCCCCUUCUUCCAGUGUCUCCUAAAUAUCUUCUGAUAGAACAGAGGCUCGGGGGUAAGCUGCACAUGCACAGUUUGGUGUGUAUUGCUAGAGAGGUUUUUUUUUUUUUUUUUUUUCUUGGGAGGGUGCAUGUGAUCCGCAUAGGGCCAAUCAGCACUGUCCAGACAGAGGUCAGGAGUCCUGCAUCCUCCUACAGGAGAAUGAAAACUCCUCUUAAAAGCUGUAACCAGUGCUAUGCUGGACACUGAUAGAUUGAUGAGAAAAGGCAUUUAGCAGUUUAUAUUUACUAAAAUAAUUGUAUUUCUGUAUGCUGUGUACUGUGGGAGACCAGAUAUAGUGAA